CUACAAAUUCAUCCUGACGAAAAACUUUGAGGCUCUGAACACCAAAGGAGGAGGAAACCAGGUUUCUCUGCUCAACGUCGUCAUGGACCUCAAGAAAUGCUGCAACCACCCCUACCUCUUCCCCGCGGCCGCUAUCGAAGCUCCAAAGAUGCCCAACGGGAUGUACGAUGGUAACGCUCUCACAAAGGCUGCUGGGAAACUGCUGUUACUGCAGAAGAUGAUGAGGAAGCUGAAGGACGGAGGACACAGAGUCCUCAUCUUCUCUCAGAUGACCAAGAUGUUGGACUUGCUCGAGGACUUCCUGGAGAACGAGGGCUACAAAUACGAGAGGAUCGAUGGAGGGAUCACCGGAGGGAUGAGACAGGAAGCUAUCGAUCGCUUCAACGCUCCUGGCGCUCAGCAGUUUGCCUUCCUGCUGUCAACGAGGGCCGGAGGUCUGGGUAUCAACCUGGCCACCGCCGACACCGUCAUCAUCUACGACUCUGACUGGAACCCCCACAACGACAUCCAGGCGUUCAGCAGAGCUCAUCGUAUCGGUCAGAACAAGAAGGUGAUGAUCUACCGCUUCGUCACCAAGGCCUCUGUGGAGGAGAGGAUUACUCAGGUCGCCAAGAAAAAGAUGAUGCUGACUCACCUGGUGGUCCGACCCGGUCUCGGAUCCAAGACGGGCUCCAUGUCCAAACAGGAACUGGACGACAUCCUCAAGUUCGGAACAGAGCAGCUCUUCAAGGACGAGGCGGGAGAAGGUGAAAACAAGGAGGAGGACAGCAGCAUCAUUCACUACGACGACAAGGCCAUCGACCGUCUGCUGGACAGGAACCAGGACGCCACUGACGACACGGAGCUGCAGAGCAUGAACGAGUACCUGAGCUCCUUCAAGGUGGCCCAGUAUGUGGUCAAAGACGAGGAGGAGGAG